CAAACGUGGCUUUGACACAAUCUGUCAAAAUUAUUUGUUUGUAUAUAAUGUGUUAGUGUGUCCGUGAUGGGGAGGAAAAUUGAGCUUGUUGUAUUUGAAGGGACGUAUUACCCAGUGGCCGCAGCAAGCUGUGUGUUCUUUCUGUCUCUGUACAAGUAUGUCAGUCCCACGCUUUCGUCCAUCACUUGUGAGGGCUACAAGUCACUCAAGCCAGAGAAACAGAUUGACUGGAAUACCAGAGUCAACUCUACUGUUCAUUCUGCCAUUGUAAGCUGCAUGUGUAUGUACUCUUUGAUGUAUGAUAAUGGAAUCAGUGAAGAUCCAAUCUGGUGUAAUGCUCCCAUGGUUCGAACAAGCUGUGCUGUUGUGGUUGGCUAUAUGACUGCUGAUUUGAUUAUAUUGUCCAUACAUUACAAAGAAAUUGGAGAAAUAUUUUACAUUUUUCACCAUGGUGCAUCCAUGUACGCCUACUACUAUGUUAUGACAUAUGGUGUUUUGGCUUAUUUUGCUAACUACAGAUUGAUUGCAGAAUUCUCAACACCUUUUGUUAAUCAAAGGUGGUUUCUUGAUACACUGGGCUAUCAGAAAACAAAUCCUGUUUUUGUCGCCAAUGGUAUUGCUAUGACAAUGGCAUUUUUUCUUUCUCGCAUUGCCAUUAUGCCACGAUACUGGCUCAAAGUUUCCAGUGUUUAUGGAACAGAACCCUUUACACGGCUGGGCCAUAUACAGCUAGUCCUUGUGGUUACAUGUUUUAUACUUGAUGUCAUCAAUAUUUACUGGUUUUACAAGAUGACCCUAGGUGUGCGGAGAGUGUUAACAAUGUUUAACUUGAAGACUGAAAGGGGCAAAAAUACAAAUGGUAUUAAAGCAGAUUGACAGCAAGUAUAUUUCUGCAGGUUAUUUAUUUUGUGGAAUUUGGUUUUCAUGAGUUGCAGGCUUGUAGGUUUUAAACAGCCAUUUAUGUAUUUAUAGAAAAUCAUGUUACUGCACACACAUUGUUGUGGUGUUGUUAGUUUUGGGGGGGGAGGAUAGUUCCACGGAAAAGUACUUUGGGUCAUUGUUUUGAUUUUUAAAAUGGCUUUUAACAAAAUUUAGUUAAAACAACAUGUGUGGUGUUGAACAGAUUGAGAUUUAGGGAUGCUUGAUUAUGAUAAUAACAUCCACCUGUAUCACAAAAUGGAUGCAUGCAUGUAACUAUAUUUUAAGUGCAUUUUACUUGCUGUAUGGUAACUCUAACCUCAAAUGUGUUCAAUAUGAUCAGAUAUGAAAGUACUUUUAUAUUUGACCUUCUCUUAAAUCAUGUUAAUCAAAAUAUUUUAGGUUAUGAAUACAUGUAUCUUGUGGUGUCUGUGAACUCGAAAUGGGUAUGUGCAUAUUUUACAAAGUCUGCUUUUAAUACAGUAAGUGCUUCAAAUAUGUAUAUUUAUAAACAGCAUUAUAUUGAAAUUGUUUUUAACUGUAAAAAACCAACAAUAAUGAAUGCCCUGAAUGAAAAAGGUAAUUUCAAACUGGAUAUUUAUAUAGAACCAUUUGUAUAAAUGAUCACUUCACCUCUCUCUCUCUUCUUUUUGUUUGUGAAUGAUUGAUAUUAUGAAAGGUAUGUAAUUGGUUUAAUGAAAUUGACAUGCCUGCACUCAUGAAAUGUUCUGGCAUAAUUAGUAUGUGUGUUAUACGUUUAUACCAGUAUUUGUCAUGUGGUCACAAGGUUGAUGGGAACCAAGAUAUAUUUUUAGAACUUUACCUUUUAUCUGUUCUUCACUGGCAUGAGCAAACAAAGCAUAUGGAUGUAAAAGGUGUGUAUUUUUAAACAGAUGCCAAAGUUAUGUGGUGCUAGGAAAGUUUGUCUCACUGAAUGGAGAGAUCUUGAAAGUUCACAAAGAUUUUUUAUCUAUCAGGCUGCACGGCCAAUUUUGUUGAGCCUCGGAUGUUACAUUGAUGAUUUUUUAUAUUAACAAAUUUAAAUACCUCAAAAUAUGAUGGCAGAAGAAUUUUUAAGAUUUCGGACUACAGUACUCCGUAUUUUUCAUAGAAGUUUUAGGAUAUUAGAGGAAGGGGUUCUGCUUUGG